UUCCAACUUCCGUUAAGAGACGAAGUAGAAGCAGCUCCGGAAGCAAGCUGUAGAAGCUAACCUCAACAUCAGCUGUUUGGCGGGAACAAAUCAGUCAGUUCAUUCUGAGGUUUUCAGUUUAAACGUCUGAAAGUUGAAACAGCCGAGGAAAUAAUUUAGACGGCAGCUAACUGCUAGCUUAGCCGCUAACAGGAGAGAAAACACGCUCACGGUGAGUGAAGAGCUAACUGAUGCUAACUGACGCUCACUCUGUUGUUACCGGUGUCAGAUCCUGUUUUCCCGAAACUUGGGUCUCCAGCGUCUCUGCUAUGAGCAGCUCUACUCAGAGGAAGAGGAGGAUCACAGGAAGUCCUCUAGUUUCCAGACCCAAGAGCAGCAGAGGAGCUAAUGCUAGGAGGACAGCUAGCGCUAACAGGGCAGCUAACAGGACGGCUAACAGGACGGCUAACAGGACGGCUAACAUUAGCAGGGCGUCAGAUGGUAACCCUGCCCCCCGCACAGAGACCAUCGCUGUGAUGGACAACACUGAGGACAGUGUGGAGGAGGUGGUGGAUCUGACCUGUGAGGGAUCAGAAGCUGCUGUGGUCGACCUGACCAACAACGACUCAGUACUGCUGGUGGACGAAGGUCCUCAGAACAGGGGCGGGGUCACCACAGGAGAGAGUUACGUCGUCAGCAGUGAUGACGACGAGGACACGCCCCCUGUCCUCAACGCUGCACUAAUGUCCUCUCUACACGCCAACAGCUCCUCCAGGUCGACCCCGGGGACGAUCAGCUGUCCCGUCUGUCUGGACUCGUACUCUGAGAUCGUCGAGAGCGGCCGAUUGGUUGUUUCCACUAAAUGUGGCCACGUGUUCUGCAGCCAGUGUCUUAGGGACUCUCUGACAUCAUCACACACCUGUCCUACCUGCAGGAAGAGACUGACCCACCGCCAGUACCACCCCCUCUACAUCUGACAUCACUCUGACAUCAUCACACACCUGAGCUGCAUCAUCAGUGACAUCACGUCAAGAGUUUCUUUUAAUUGGAAACAACAGACUGUGUGUCCGAGCUGCGUUUUAAUGACAGAGUAUACGUGAUUAUUGAUUAUUGACUUCUUCAGUUUCAGCUCAGGUUUCUUUUUUUGUCUCCCAUCGUCGUUUUGCACUCUUUGUUUUCUCUGUGAUAAAAAGUCUAAAUAAAUUCUGUUGAAAAGUU